GUCCGAUUGCUGAGGGCGGCCGGGGACUCGCUGGGACCGGGCACCGAGAGGCCGCGGCGGCAAGACAGGCCCACUCGGAGCCCCUGGGCACCGCCCUCUGCCGCCACCGGCUGUACUGGGAGCACUGGGCCACAGCGGAAGGAACAGAAAUGUGGGAAACAUGGAUGUGGUAACUGCUGCUCUGCAGGAUAAAUAUCCUGAGUGGAUGCUUACACAAAGCCAGGAGGAAGCUUUGUGGGAUAAAAAGAAGCCUGGUGUGCAGAGGAGUGUUUUGGAGGAUGGGCUGCCAUUCCUGGAGUUCUGUGGCUCUGUUGUUUACAGCUACGAAGCCAGUGACUGUUCCCUUCUCUCAGAAGAUAUCAGGCAGAGUUUAUCAGAUGGGGCUGCUGUUGGAUUUGAUAUUGAAUGGCCACCAUGCUACACGAAAGGGAAAAUGGCCAAAAUCGCUGUAAUCCAGAUCUGUGUCGCUGAGGACAAGUGUUACUUGUUUCACAUCUCUUCCAUGGCAGGUUUUCCCAAGGGACUCAAAAGGCUGCUCGAAGAUGAAACAAUUAAAAAGGUUGGCGUAGGAAUUGAGGGAGAUCAAUGGAAGCUGAUGAGUGACUUUGAAAUCAAACUGAAGAGCUUUGUGGAGCUGGCUGACGUUGCUAAUGAGAAACUGAGGUGUAAGGAGACGUGGAGUCUGAAUGGUUUGGUGAAACACCUUUUUGGGAAGCAGCUGUUGAAGGAUAAGUCUGUCCGCUGUAGCAACUGGGAGAAGUUUCCACUCAGUGAGGAGCAGAAGCUGUAUGCAGCCACAGAUGCCUAUGCUGGCUACAUAGUUUAUGAAAAACUGAAAAAUAUGAAUAACAGUGACCAAAAGCUAUUUUGUGUAAGGACAGAUGCCAUGUCUGAGGGUGUGAAGGAGCGCUUGACUUCACUGGCUGAAGAGAUAACAGACCUGGCUUCCCACAUCCCUGCCUCUUCUGGACAACUGGAAAACUUUCAGAGGGCUGCAGAAAUACUGGCUGAGAUAUCAGAGAACAUAAAUGCCUUAAGAAGCACAUUGUUGGGUUCAGGUUCCCCUUCUGGACUGGAGAGGAGCUGUGGUGCUGCAACUCCAACAAAUUUUGAAGCCAAGUCAGCAAAUGUUGAAGCACAAAAAACUGAGUGUGCCAAACAACUAGAAGGUGACUUUAACAUCUGCUCUGAUGCUACACUGGCUCUCCUCUGGGAGGGAGAAAGUAAUGGAGAGGAGGCAGAGAGAGGUAACACUGUGGAAAAUAGGGCUGCAGCAGCCAGAUCUAUGGACAAAGAGAGAGAUGACUUCAUAUCACUGGACAUUACUGAGCAAGAACUUCAGGUCUUGGAAGAUCAGGCUGCAAAAGAGUUGGUCAAGGAAGCUGCGCCUGAGGAGGAAUAUUCCACAGAUAAUGAACAAAAUGUUUCCUGUAUCAUUGAAAGUGAUGAAGAACUGGAAAUGGAGAUGUUAAAAUCUUUAGAUGAUGUAGAUGAUUCUGAAGGAGUUGUACCUGAAAGAGGGUCCACUAAAGCCAGGAAAACUCCUGACACAGAAGUGAAUGUAGCACCAGAUGGUGAUGAAGAGGAAGGCAUUGAGGAAGAAGAGGAGGAAUGUUUUGAUCCACUGCUGCCAGAACCUGGUGAAAGCCACAUCACGUGUCUGAAGACCUAUUUUGGGCAUUCUUCAUUUAAACUGGUCCAGUGGAAAGUCAUCAAUUCUCUUUUAGAAGACAGAAGAGAUAAUCUUGUUGUCAUGGCAACUGGCUAUGGAAAAAGCUUGUGCUACCAGUUUCCUCCUGUUUAUACUGGACGUACAGGAGUUGUCAUCUGUCCUCUCAUCUCCCUGAUGGAGGACCAGGUGCUGCAGUUGACAAUGUCAGGGAUUCCAGCUUGUUUCCUUGGUUCAGCUCAGUCAAAACAGGUCAAGGAAGCCAUCAGAGGGGGUCAGUACAGUGUCAUAUACAUGACUCCAGAGUUUUGUUCUGGGAACUUACAGUUACUUCAGGAUCUUGACCAAACUGUUGGUAUCACCCUCAUAGCUGUGGAUGAAGCUCAUUGCAUCUCUGAGUGGGGCCAUGACUUCAGAAACUCUUUUAGAACUUUAGGCUCACUAAAGAAGGUUCUGCCACUGGUUCCCAUUGUUGCUUUAACUGCAACUGCAAGCCCCUCAAUAAGAGAGGACAUAGUGAAAUGCCUGAACCUGAGGAAUCCCCAGGUUACCUGUACUAGUUUUGACAGACCUAACCUGUACUUGGAAGUUGGACAACAAAGUGGAGAUAUCUGUAAGGAUUUGAAACAGUUCCUAACUAGGAAAGGAAGCAGUUCUGUGUAUGAGUUUGAGGGCCCCACUAUCAUCUACUGCCCUACAAGAAAGGCCACUGAGCAGGUGGUGUCUGAAUUGAAUAAACUCAGCGUGGCCUGUGGUACCUACCAUGCUGGAAUGGGGAACAAACAGAGGAGAGACACCCACCACCAGUUCAUGAGGGAUGAAAUUCAGUGUGUUGUGGCUACAGUGGCAUUUGGAAUGGGCAUCAAUAAAGCAGAUAUCCGGAUGGUUAUUCAUUACGGUGCCCCGAAGGAAAUGGAAUCCUAUUACCAGGAAAUCGGGAGAGCCGGCCGGGAUGGCCUACCUGCUUCCUGCCACGUCUUAUGGGCUGCAACAGACUUGGCUUGUAACAGACGCCUCAUAAGCGAGAUCCACAACGAGAAGUUCCGGUUGUACAAGCUGAAGAUGUUGGCAAAAAUGGAGAAGUACCUUGUGUCCAACAGCUGCAGGAGGAAAAUCAUCCUGUCUCAUUUUGAAGACAAACAACUCCGAAAGGUUUCCUCUGGCAUCAUGGGCACAGAAGAAUGCUGUGAUAAUUGCAGGUCCAGAGGCUCUUGUCUUACAUCCCCCAGUGACUCCGAGGGUGGCUUGCAGGAUUUUGGGAAGCAAGCUCAUCAGCUGCUGUCUGCAGUGGUCGCCCUGGAAGAGAAGUUUGGGACUAAAAGGCCCAUUCUGCUGCUCCGAGGGUCUAACUCCCAGCACUUGCCAGACCGGUUCCGAAGGCACCCCCUCUUUGGCAGUGGGAAAGAAUGGCCAGAGAACUGGUGGAAACUGCUCUGCCAGCAGCUGAUCAUGGAGGGAUUCCUCAAAGAAGUCUCGGGGCAUAACAAGUUUGCAACCAUUUGUGUGCUCACCCAGAAGGGUAGAAAUUGGCUGUCAAAAGCUGGAUCUACUUCAAAUCCAAGUCUUCUGUUACAGUCCAGUGAAGACCUUAAUCUGCAGAGGCCUUCUAGAAGUAGACCUUUGCCUGUCCUCUCUGCGCAGCGCUCCCCAGGCACCAAAGGAACAACACAGUCACCAGUCAAGCAGAUGUCUUUAUAUGAGAUGUUUUCAUAUGAGAAAAAAGGUAAAACUCCUCCAAGAGGCAGUAACGUGCUUAACAGUGUUUCAGGGCGUUCACCACUGAAAUCUCCUUUGAAACCCCAAGAACCAGCUGUUUCAUCCCGAGAAAAAGAACUAGAGACUGCUCUGUAUGGCAAGCUGCUGACUGCUAGACAGAAGGUAGCUAAUGAGAAGGAAAUUCCUCCAGCUGUCCUGGCAACCAAUAAAGUCCUUGUGGAGAUGGCCCGGAUAAGGCCUACAAGUGUUGAGAACGUGAAGAAAAUUGAUGGUGUGUCUGAAGCCAAGUCCACCAUGUUGAUCCCUCUCCUGGCUGAAAUUAAGGACUUCUGCCAAGUAAAUGACUUAAAGGCUGACGUUUUCCCCACAUCUGCACCUAAAAAUCAGAAAGAAGCCUCUCCCUGGAAGUGUGCUAGAGCCCUUUCUCCCUCAGAGCAUGUCACAUAUAUCCUGUUCCAAGAGAAAAACCUGUCUAUGAGGGCUAUAAGUGAAUGCAGAUCUUUGCCCCUUGCUGUGGUUGGCACUCACCUGUUGCAGGCCAUGAAAGCUGGCUUCCCUGUCAGCCUGGAGCGAGCAGGAUUGACUCCUGAAGUUCAGCAGGUCAUUACUGAUGUUAUCCGUAAUCCUCCCGUUGACUCAGACACUACCAAAAUUCAAGUAAUUAGAAAGCUUGUUCCUGCAAAUAUUGAACUGUAUCUCAUCAAGAUGACAAUUGCACUAUUGGAGAAAGAGGAUAGAAAUAAGUCUCAAGACGGCUUAGGCAUCAAAAGGAGGUUGGUGUGGCCAGAAGGGCAGCAGGAAAAAACAGGAGCAGAUCAAGCAAGCAGGGAAGGUGCCUUGUGGAAUAAAACACAGGUUGUGGGGAGCGUGGAUGGCAGCCAGGGAGGGAGCAGAGGGGCAGCAGGCCCCCCGAAGCCCAUCGCUGUGACCUCCUCUGACCCGCCUGCCCUCGACCCUGAGGAGGAUGAGCUGUUUGCUGACUCUCAGCCCAAGAACUCUUAUUUUCCUCCCAAGCGGAAGGUGCCAGAAUGGUUUGGGACCUCAGCAGCAGCAACAGUUCUACCUGUAACCCAGACCAAGAAAUGCAAAACGGAAACCAGAAAAGGGAUUUUCAGCUGAACGGGGAAAUCAAGAUCUUUUUUUUUUUUUUUUGUAUCAUGAGCAUUAUCAGCAUGGCCUCUUGCCUCCUUAUAGAGGGGCUUAAGUGCUCCUGUUCUACUCUUUUUCUCUUCCCCCUCCCUUAU